ACCAAGGGUAGGCCAUUUCUUCCAAAGCUGUGGGCGUUGAACACCUUUUGACCCCGAAGAUCAAAUUUAGCAUUCCGAUUUACUCGUCGGAAUCUUUCUCUCUCUUCCUCUCUCAUUCAGUUGGCAUGGCGACCGCAAUCAAAGUUGUCUUUGGUCUCCUCACAUUUGUCACAAUCGGAAUGAUUAUCGGUGCUUUAUUUCAGCUGGCUUUCAUUUACCGACUUGAAGAUUCAUCUGGCACAAGUCUUCCACUAUCUAGAAAGAUGCAUCAACAAACUAAAAGUUAUCUUCCAUUGUCCACAGGCCUUGGUAGUUGGGCUAAUGACAAGGAAGCUGCACUUUUACGCCUUGGACAUGUGAAACCGGAAAUCAUAAGUUGGUCACCCCGCAUCAUUGUACUCCAUAAUUUUUUGAGUAUGGAGGAAUGCGAUUAUUUGAGAGCUAUAGCCUUGCCCCGCCUUCAAGUGUCUACUGUGGUUGACACCAAAACUGGAAAGGGAGUUCGAAGUGAAGUUAGAACAAGUUCUGGAAUGUUUUUAUAUCCAAAUGAGAGGAAGUAUCCAUUGAUAGAGGCAAUAGAGAAACGAAUUUCUGUUUUUUCUCAAGUCCCAGUGGAAAAUGGGGAGCUCAUUCAAGUUCUAAGGUAUGAGAAGGAUCAGUUCUACAAACCCCAUCAUGACUACUUUUCCGAUGAAUUCAAUGUGAAGCGUGGUGGUCAAAGAGUUGCAACAAUGCUUAUGUACUUAAGUGACAAUGUUGAAGGGGGUGAAACAAUUUUCCCGAUGGCUGGUUCAGGUGAAUGUAGCUGUGGUGGGAAAAUGGUAUCGGGAAUGUCUGUUAAACCACUUAAAGGAGAUGCUGUCCUUUUUUGGAGUAUGGGUCUUGAUGGACAGCCUGAUCCGCGCAGUGUGCAUGGAGGAUGUGAAGUCCUUUCUGGUGAGAAAUGGUCAGCUACCAAAUGGAUGAGGCAGAGAGCCAUUUCCUAAUACACAACAUUACUAAGUCAGACAUAGAUUAUUUGUUCUCGUUUCUCGUGAGCGAGACCCUAUCUUAAUGGAGCUUACUGUUCUACUUAAUUCGUAGGUUACAUCUCUUUUGAUAAGGGUUGGUUUGCCGUCAUUUAACCCUCUCAAAAUCCUAAUCAUAUCUUCUAUGAGUUGGAUAUACCGGGUGUGAUGAUGAUGAUGAUGUGCCGGAUUUAGAUAUAGUAGAAAUGAUUUAGGUUAGUUAGAAGACAUGUAUAGAGAACCACAGAGAAUUUUGAUUUGUCAGUGUGCACAUGGAGAUCUACAUAUUUACAUAAUGGUAGAAUUGGUACUAUUUUUUUGUGAUAUGCCUGUUAUCUUUUACUUUGCUGCUGUGCGGUAAUUAGAUUGCUCUUAUUGGCUUUUGUGCUUUUGUUGAAUUUGCAAUUUAUUAUCAAGGUUCCAACGAAAGUAAAUAUGCCGUAGUUCGAAACACACAAGUACAAAUGUCUUGUUAGUUAUUCUCUGUUCUUUUAAAUUUGCAUCUUAAUUUCAAAUAUGUGACAGUUUUUUACUUCUAGAAUGCAAACUUAAAGAGACAGAUAGAAUACAUGUUAGCAAAAGGAUGUUUUUAAAAUGUAAAUAAUUCCAAGGUUGGCAAUUGGCAUGUUAUACAAAACCUCAUCAAACAAAUCGUCCACUUAAACUCAAAUGAAAAUUCAUCCCUAUCUUUCUUAAACAAAUAUGGAAUUCAAUGAACAAAAU